AGGAAGUUAAAGAAGGAGAAGUGAGGAGGCUUUGGUUGACUUGACCGACUUGGACUGAACGCUUUACGGCUUCUUUUAUGUUGGUUUUUCGGUGAUGGACACGUGACCGAGGACGUGGUGCCGCUGACGUAGCCGCCUGAACCGGAUCAUCGACGUUUCACCUGAAGAAGUUGUUGGAGCGUCAAGGUGCCGACGUUCGAGUGUGUGAUCUUAAUAAAAGACAACAUGGUGUCCUGGAUGAUCUCCAGAACUGUGGUGUUGGUGUUUGGCACUCUGUAUCCCGCCUACUACUCCUACAAAGCUGUCAAGACCAAAAAUGUCAAAGAAUAUGUCCGCUGGAUGAUGUACUGGAUUGUGUUUGCCCUCUACACAGUGGUUGAGACCAUCACUGACCUGACAUUGGCAUGGUUUCCUCUGUACUAUGAACUGAAGAUUGCAUUUGUCAUCUGGCUGCUGUCUCCAUACACUAGAGGAGCCAGCCUUAUUUACAGGAAGUGUCUGCACCCCCUGCUGUCCUCCAAGGAGAAGGAGAUCGAUGAGUACAUCGUGCAAGCCAAGGAGAGGAGCUAUGAGACGAUGGUGAACUUCGGCAAGCAGGGACUGAGCAUCGCAGCCACCGCUGCCGUCACUGCAGCAGUCAAAGGUCAGGAUGCCAUCACAGAGAAGCUGCGUAGCUUGAGCAUGCAUGAUCUCACGCAGAUCGGCGUUCAGCAGGAUGAGAGUGGCGGAAACCAGCUCUACCAGUACAACUCCCGUUUGUCCAACCCGGCUGUGCGGAGAACUCAGAGCACCGACACUCCAGAUGGAGUUGAGUACUACUACGACCAGGAUGAGAGAAGUGACGAGGAGGCGGAGCCGACAUUUUCUGAAGACGAAGCUGUUAGUCAGAAAGGACUGAGGAGAUCACAAAGUGUCAAAUAUCCCGAGCUAGAGUUCGGAAAGACGCUCGUUAUGGAUCGCUGAAGCUUAAAAACAAGAAGAGGCCGGCGCUGAACUCCGUGAACUACGGGAUGUGACCGCUGCUGGUCUCGGGCUCUGGCUACACCACCUGACCUUCCACUGAACUCUUUUAUGAUGCUUUUUUGACCAGCUUUCUGGUGGCAGAAGUAUUUAUUUCCUAAUUUAACCAAAACUAUUCCUGUUUUUUUAAUGGCCACAUAAUAUCCUGGUGUGUCUUUUUUUUUUUUUUUAACUGUUUGUUUGUGUAGAGGUUUUAAGUGUGACGUCUUUUGUGCCCCACCCCUGUGGGGACUUUUUGAAGCAUUUGAUUUGCUUGUGCUGCCUUUCAGGAACUUGUUCUUGUCGUGUCUCUGACUCUGGUGUCAGCAGAAACUAUUUUGACUCUGUAGGACACAUUUGUCCCAAACUGACAACAUUCCACGUUAGCGUGGCAUCAUUCCAGCGGAUUUAACGAGAUCACUCUGUCUUCAUUUCUGAUUGUUUUCUAAAUUGUUACUGCGUGACUGUUUUGGGAUGGAGUUCUCCUGUAUCUAUAAACUGAGGUGUCCCUGCAUCUUCGUUUGGCUCUCUGAGGAGAUCUCGGUUCAGUGGCUUGGCAGGAGGUCACAGUCUGUGUGUGAGGUUUCCUGCUCAGACAGAUUGUUUGAAGAGCAGACAAGCCUCAGUGGUGUUCGUAGGAAAGAUGGCGUGCUUCGCUCUGUGGGAAGGACAAGCAGCUUGUGCGCUCUUUCUAGCCAGAAGGUUCAAGACCACUCAUGCACCAGUUUCCAACCUGGGCCAAAUCAGCAACUGGAUCAAUAUCAGAUCUACGGGGAUGAUCACAAGCCAAAGAUUUUACUCAGAGUGAAUGCUCUUGUCUGCACAGUCAGUCUGAGGUCCCACAGCGAUCAGGCCCAGUGAGGACGGGAGCGUCCUGAGCCUUCCUAUCAUGUUUAAGAUAACUUCAUGUAAAACCAUGGUGAAACACCAUCUCCAAUAGCUCUUACUGUUAGCUCCUCCUGUCGCUGUGCAAUGCUAAUGUUAGCUCCUCCCAUCGCUGUGCAAUGCUAAUGUUAGUGCAUCCUGUCUAGGGUGGGCACAGCUAACACAAAAAGGUUUGAUAACUUUUCAGAUAACGGAUUAUUAAUUAACUUUUAGAACCUAAACCGAUAAAAACCGCUAAAAUUUAGCUUGCAUUACAGCCAAUGCUAACUUUUAUUAUUGACUCCAGUACACUGGCAGUCCGAAUAGCCUUUCUAUCAUGUUGAAGAUAAUUUCAUGUAAAAAACAAAAAUGUGAAACACCAUCUUCGCAGUCUUACUGUCAGCUCCUCCUGUCGCUGUGCAAUGCUAAUGUUAGCUCAUCGUAUUGCUAUCUGAUGUUAAUGUUAGCACAUCCUGUCUAGGGGUGGGCACAGCUAACCAGAAAGGUUUGAUAAUUGCUAAUCCACUAACUGAAAAGUUAACUUUUAGAACACUAAACUGAUAAACCGCUAAAAAUUAGCUUGCAUUACAACCACCCGCUAACUUUUAUUAUUGACUCCCAGCACACUGGCAGCUACGAACAAGCCAGUUUUGCGUAUAAGCACCGGCGAUGCUUCUGAGUAAAAUGAAAGGCCAUCACAACCCAAUAUGAACAAUGAGUCAAAGCUUCUGUCUUUGUGUGCCCUGUCAACCGCUGUAAGGAAGACUCAUUUACUUUGAACAUAGAGCAGCACAGAUGUGUGGCAGAAGACAAAAAAAAGCAAGGCAGUUUUAUGGUUUGAUUUAUAAACAAAACUAAUUCCAGACAGUUUAUCUACAUUUAAUGUCAACUUUGUAAUUUUUACAAGUGAAAAUAUCACUCAUAUUUUAGUUUUAAGUAAUGCACUAAUUCUGAAGGUUGGAGCAUUAACACACACACAUGCCAAAAGCAUGAUGGGAAAAUGAGCCUCCUCUAACAGCAAGAAAACAAGAGGACUGAAAGUUAGCAGAACUAAAUUUAGCAGAAGCUAAUGGUCGCUAAUGGUUUCGAAGUUAGCUGACAAGCUAAUCCACUAACCAAAAAAGUUACCUUUUGCAAAUUAGCGGUUAGCGGAUUAGGGGAACUGUGCCCAGUAAUAAUCCUGUCGUCAUGCGAUGCUAAAGUUGGCUCAUCCUAUUGCCUUGCGAUGCUAAUGUUAGCUAGUCCUUUCGCCAUGCGAUGCUAAUGUUAGCGCAUCCUGUCGCUGUGCGAUGCUAAUGUUAGCUCAUCCUGUCGCUAUGCGAUGCUCAUGUUAGCUCAUCCUGUCGCUGUGCAAUGCUAAUGUUAACAUUAGCAUCCACACCGAUGCAAUGUUAGUUCAUUUAAUUAAAAAAACUGCAGUGAGAUGAAGUUCUGACUUGAAUAUUUUCCUUUGGCAGGAGAUCCAUGUCCGCUGAAUUAUUCAUGAAAAGUACAAUGACACUUUUUUUAAAACAUUGUUGUUGAGGGAUUUCUCUCAUUCUUGUAUUUUCAAAGAAUGAAUCAUGUUUUAUGACAGAAAAUGUUUUUGUUUUAACCGCUGGAUAUUGUUUCCGAAAUAUUUUAGUUUCUUUUUAAAUUAGUGUACUAUUCAACAUUUUACUGACUGGAUGAGACUUAAAUCUCUCAGACUGUCGAGUCCCUCAGACCUGGUCAGGGUUUGGGUUUUUUGGUCUGGUUUUUUUUUUUUUUUCUUCUUCUUCUUCCCGAACUCAUGACAGAUGAACAUGUUCUGCUGUCGGGUGGUGAGGACAGGGACAGGAAGACCACAUGGGUGAGCUCUGGAUCCAGGGAUUUUCUGUGACCUCAGACCUACUUAUGUCCUGCGUUAUUGGGAAUAUUAUUUUUGUUCUACCUUGAGAUUAAACUGAGUCUUUUUUGUGUAA